UAAUUCCAUUGAACUAGUCAAUUCGAAAUAACACAACUCUACUAGGUUAUGUAGUCGAUUGUCAUAAUAGGAACUGUUUUUGUUUUUAGUUCGCGGAUGAAGUAAUUUUGUAUGAAAAUUAUUCCAAAAUGUGGUCGUUAGUUACUUCUUCCAUUCGGACUUUAGUGGUGCGCCAACAAUUCACCGCCGAGGCAUUGCGAACCCUAAACACCACCGCUGUCUGUGAGGCUGCCCGUAAGGGAACACGCGAGAAGGCUCGAAAAAAGAAGGUAAAAGUAGAAGUUAAAAAGGUUGGCUUCAUACCCCACAAUGAAAGAGACAGUAAAAUCAAUUUAUUACGUGAAAACAAACAUGUCGAUGAUUCCUGGAAGCAAGUCUCCACAGACAAUUGUUAUGUUAGGAAAUAUUAUCGCUGGCCUGUUUACACAGUGGCCGAAGCAAUACAAUGCCAUCGCGAAACCCAUCAUCCAACCAUGUAUAAUGAACCAAAUUCUCCACUUGUAGUUCAUAUUGAACUAAACAUGAAAGCUGAAAAAUCGACACGUUUUGUGGAUAACUUUCAACGUAUGGCCAUGAUGCCACAUAAAUUUGAUCAUGGAGAAGAGAGAAAGAUUUUAGUGUUUACAAAGGGAAACGAUGAAAUUACCGAAGCACGUCAAGCUGGUGCCACUCUUGUUGGUGGUGUUGAACUUAUCAAGGACAUCACCAAUGGAGAACUACUUUUAACUGACUAUCAAUAUGUUAUAGCUCAUCCAAAUAUAUUGCCAGAAUUGGUAGCAUUGCGCGGUUUAAUGAAACGUAAAUUUCCCAAUCCUAAGUCCGAAACAUUGGGCACAAAUCUAAGUGAAAUGAUUCGUCGUUUUGCCGACGGUAUUAGCUACCAGGCCUUUAAAGAUGAACAUCAGCAAGAUUUUGGUUUGAUUACAACAACCAUAGGUACCCUCGACAUGGAUAGUAAACAUUUAGAGGAGAAUUUACGUUCGCUAUUAAAGGAUGUGAAUAGUGUUAGACCGAAGCGUGAAGGUCGUUUUAUAACCAGAGUCCUAUUAAAGAGUCCACCUAGCAGCGAACAACUGAAAAUUGAUGCGUUCUUGUAUGUUCCAGAAAUGUAUGAAAAGGGUAGUGGCAAUAAAAAAUCAACAAAGAGUACCACAGCAAUACAAGAAAACGAUGAGGUGGAUCAACUGGAAGAUGAUGAGGAGAUUGAAAAGAAAAAGAAAGCAGUAAAUUAAAUUAAAAGCUAUAAACAUACACUAUAUAUUUUGUUUCCAUAAAACCAGUUGUUGAUUUUUAAUUAAACCUUGAAGUUACUUGCGUGUCCAAAACAAAAA